UGGUUGGCUGUGGCGAGAGCCGAAACCGAUGUCCUGUCGAACUGGCGAGCCCGAGCACUGUAGCGACGGAGGAGAACGUGAGAGCCGAGACCGACUCCGCCUGACAUCUUGUUUCGAUCGUCAGAUCCUAUUAUUUCCCCCCUUCGAGUCCGAGUGUGUGUGCUGUUAGUGUUGGCUUUUUCCUACUCUGUGAGCUCUCUCUAGUCUCUCACCCCGACAUCAGUCUGUGUAAGGAUUCUUUCUACAGCUCGGUUAUCUCUUUGCCUUUCACGUAAACUUAAUUUGGCCAACGCGGCCGCCGCCCCGUCGUGUGUGUGGAUGUGUGUAUAUGCGUGUGUGUCUCGUAGACUCUAUCGCCUUUUGCCAAAUCCCCACCCCCAUUGCUCACACACACUAGGCACUACCACCACCCUGUUGUAUGUGUGUUUGAAAGAGUAAAGAUCCCAGUGAAAUGAGAGCCUAACUUAUGCUCUAUAUAACGGCGCCAAGAAUGCGGAAAGUGACACAUUGUGCUGUGCUGCUGGCGGGGCCUCAUCAUCAGGCGUCGCCGUUGUCCAACUACCAAAUCGUUGCUGUUGCCUCCGUUUGAAAACAACUCGCCAGAGAAAAUUUCCAGGCUUCAUUUUCAUCGUCCAACGUAUUCAGCCUAUCAGCCAAUCGAGCCAAAACGUUGGUCAUUUAUUAUAAAAAGAAGAAUAUUUCAUCGUGACUGUGUCUGUGCUUCACACACACACAGACACACACACGCAAGUCGCCGUGUGUGUCGACUCUUGUCUAUAGACCGACUCUCCCUCCCUAUUCUCUCCCCUCCCCAUUCCCCCCCACCCCCCCCCCUACACACACACAAGACUAGACGACAGGGGCCAUUCAGUUUUGACACGUCCGUCCCACACCCUCUCGCGUCGUCGUGUGUUUUUUUUAUUAUUAUUUUCGGACACUAGAUAAAUCGAGAGGAAGAAAAGGUAUUUUCUGACUUGGAACAAGCCGACACAAUUCCAAAAGUGUCCAUGUGAAAGUGUUUUGUGCGUGAAAGGAGGAAAAAUCGAGCGCCAUUUGCACUCUCUCACACGCCGGAAGAGAAAAACACGUCUGAAUUCGAUUUGAGAGCCGAUUUUUUCGACAAGUCGACCGUUUUUUUGAUUGUGUCACACACGGAAAACGCCCUUGUUGGAUCAUCACCUGGUUUUUAUACUCUGCUUCUGCUCCCAAGUUGACAACCACCACAAACGGGGAGGUGCAGCUGUGAUCUUCACAGUUAUCGGUGGAAACAUUUCUCUCUAGAACAAAAUCAGGCUGUCAUUUUCACAGCCUGUUGCCGUUGCUGAACUCUUUUCCAGUAUUAGCCAAUCGCCAAGUGGGGAAUACACAGCACGAUGGCCUGCUGCCUGUCUGAAGAAGCCAAAGAACAACGACGGAUAAACCAAGAAAUUGAAAAGCAGCUCCGAAGAGACAAACAGAAUGCCAGAAAAGAACUCAAACUGCUCUUGCUUGGUACGGGAGAGUCGGGAAAAUCGACCUUCAUCAAGCAGAUGCGCAUCAUUCACGGUGCCGGUUAUUCUGACGAGGACAAACGGGGUUUUAUCAAACUCGUCUAUCAAAACAUAUUCAUGGCUAUGCAGAGCAUGAUACGAGCCAUGGACAUGCUUCACAUCUCUUACGGAGACUCGCCUAAUAUAGAAAAAGCGGAACUAGUCCGGUCCGUCGACUACGAAACGGUCACAACUUUUGAAAGUCCUUAUGUCGAAGCCAUACGAGACUUGUGGAGGGAUGCCGGCAUUCAAGAGUGUUAUGACCGGAGGCGUGAAUAUCAACUCACAGAUUCUGCUAAAUACUAUUUAGAAGCGCUAGACCGUAUUGCCGCUCCGGAUUAUUUACCCACGCAACAAGAUAUUUUGCGCGUUCGUGUCCCCACGACGGGCAUCAUCGAAUAUCCAUUUGACCUGCAGGAGAUCCGCUUCAGAAUGGUAGACGUGGGCGGACAGCGAUCCGAGCGACGGAAAUGGAUUCACUGUUUUGAAAACGUCACUUCCAUCAUCUUCCUCGUUGCUCUAAGCGAGUACGAUCAGAUUCUUUUCGAAUCAGACAACGAGAAUCGAAUGGAAGAAUCCAAGGCUUUAUUCCGUACUAUCAUCACGUAUCCAUGGUUCCAGCACUCGUCAGUCAUCCUCUUUUUGAACAAAAAAGAUCUUCUAGAAGAGAAGAUUAUUUACUCCCACAUAGUCGACUACUUCCCCGAAUAUGAUGGACCACAGCGGGAUGCCAUAGCAGCUCGGGAGUUUAUUUUACGGAUGUUUGUCGACCUGAAUCCCGAUUCGGAUAAAAUCAUCUACUCCCAUUUUACGUGUGCUACAGAUACGGAGAAUAUUCGUUUUGUAUUUGCCGCCGUUAAGGAUACUAUUCUGCAACUCAACUUGCGGGAGUACAAUUUGGUGUGAAUUUCUUCAAUCCCUUUCCUGUUUUUCACGAUAAAACGCAAAAAAGUUUAAUUGAGUAUCCGCUCUUGCUCUCCCUCCGCCUCGAUUCCUCCACCCCUCCACCACCCCACCCUUCGUCAAGGAAAUCUUUGAAAGGGAGAAAACAAAACAAAUACGAGAAGAAGGGGGUCCGGAUGUGAACGAGCAAGAAAAAAAGAAAAGAAACAAGCAAAAGCAUUUUGCAUCUGGUUCCAAGGUUUUUAUUUUGGGUUCGGAUGGCGUUUAAAAAAAAAAAAUUAUUUUCGAUUUCCUUCAAUUUUUCUCUUGAUUGACCCAUUAGUUGGAAGCCACAGAGAUGGGUGAAAAUUAAAAAAACAAGUUUUAAGUAGUGGUGUGGUGUAUGCCGUUAGAAUCUGAACAUGCUGCGCUCUCUCUUUGCUCUCUCUUUGCCACUUUUUUUGAGGGGGGAGAGGGAGGCUGAUAUUCGUCGUGACCUGCAGCAUUUAAUUGACAGGUCAAGUUGUGAAUCGUUCGCAGAGCUCAGUGACCAAAUGGUGUUACCUCUUCCUUUCCCUUACACACAACCGCGUCCUUCCCUUCGCCCAUUUCCGCUCUGUGUACAUAAUGAAUUUUAACAGGAGACAACAGAAAAAAAGACUCGUCGAUCAUUUGUUUCUUCCUUCCUCUCUUUCUCUCUCUUUUGUGCCCCUCCAAGAAAAAAACCAAAACUUCGAUCCGAAAGAAGAGGAAAUUAGAUACAAACAUAUGUAGAAGAUAAAUGCUUGUGUUUUUAUCCCGUUUUGACUCGGAAUAUUAUUUUUUUUUUUUAAAUUUUAAUUUUAAUCCAAGGGCAAAAACAAACACGCGCUGUAUUCGAUAUGAACUUGUGUGUGUGCGUGUGUCAAGUGACUGCUGCUGCUGGGCGAAACUAAUGUAUGGACAGGUUUUGUAAGUAGGUGCGCAGAUUAUUGAAGCAGAAGACGGGGGAAGAAACAUGGCCUAGCUAGAAAUCGUACUAAUAUUAGUUCAUAUUAUAGUUUUGUCUCCGUGUUCAAUUCAGCGCGGGAAACAAAUUUGAAAAAAAAGAAACGACGACACCUUUUUUUUUUUCUCCUGCACCACCCUCCCUGUCCCUCCCAAUCUUCCUCCACUUCUUCUCCUGCUCCUCCCGAUUUCGGCUCUAGUCUCGCCCCCCAGUUGUUCAUUAUUGGGGACAUGACAUAAGAAAAGGAAAAAAACACAAAAAAAAAUUCAUGAAAACUAAAAAAAAAAAAAAAUAUUAUUAAAUCUUCUGCGGACCCAUGAAAUCUAUACGUUAUUCUUCAUUUCUUUUGACUGUACUUAAAAGAAAAAAAAACGAAGUCAUCGGCCAUUUUAGUCGCAAAUUGAUUGUUUUCGCUCCUCCAUCAUGUGUAUGUGCAAUUUUUACAGAUUUUUUUUUUUUAAUUCUCCCUAUUCCCUCCUCCCAUUCCUCCCUUCCAUUCUUCCUAUUUCUCACUCGCUCUAUAUACUGUGACCCGCCUACUACCCACCCAAACCCCCCCAUCUCCCCAAUUUUGAUUCUUAGUUUAUAUCAAUGAAUACGUUUGUUUAUAUUUUGCGCGCGGAUGGGGCCAGGCCAUCAGUUUCAAAUUACUUUCUUGUUUGGGUUUCUUGUGACCCCUUCAAAAAAGAUGACAUAGGGCUCGUAGUUUUUUUUCUUAUCAGCAAAAAAAAAAAAAAAGGAAAACACAUUUUCAUUCUCUUCCCGCCACUUGUGUGCUGUCUUGCUCGAAAAAAAGUUAAAAAAAAAAAGUAAAAAAUAUUGAAUAAUGGCGGUGUCUUGACUUUGAUCCCGUUUGAUUUCAUUCGCUAUCUCUAGCUCUCUCUUUUUUUAAUUUCCAUUGUAAUUCUAUUGUAUUGUACUGUACCGUGUACUGUAUUGAUGAUUUAAUCCGACAUUGGAAAUGAAGAAUGGUUGAAAUGA